AUGUCUUCGCAAAAACCAAGGCCUCCUACAGCCAAAAGAUCGCCGUCUAUCCUCGUCACAGACGCGCGAAGCCAUCCAGGACGUCCGGCGCCCUUUGCCGGCGCGUCUGGACGUAGAAUGCGAACCUCCCCCGCCGCAUCAUUACCAGCCACCAAUACCACCACCAACGCCAACACCAAUACUACAAGCCCAAGCUCAAGCCCGAUCACAGAUUCCACCUCUGCAAUUGAUGCUGAUGGCUCCAUUCUACCACCAAUAUCUGUGCGUGGCAACUCUGGCCCUCCAAAUAAUUAUGUCCAAGGCAGGUCCUCACUAGACGGAUCGCCUCUCGAAAGUUCGUCAUCGUCAUCAGCCACACCUAUGGCUCACAGUCAAACAUACCCAAUCCAACAACAGCAAUACCAACAACAACAACACCGAACACGAUCUUCUUCCUCCAAUACACGAUUUAGCGAUAUUUCAAUCUCCAAGAUUCUCUCCGACGUGAGUGACAUUCCCUCUGCACAAAGCAGAUCACCGCAUCGUGGCCAUCACCACAGCCUCAACAUGCCCAGCUCAACGUCUACAGGAUACGGCCAAUACAGCUCACAUCUCAUGCAUUACUCCAACCUUCCCACAGUCCACAAGACUAUGGGUAGUGGAACCCCCCAUUAUGGGUCUUACUCACACCUGAACCCGUCUUAUCGCAACACGUAUUCCGGAGAACAAAUGAGAACUAGUGGGGGGCAGUCCGGUGGCUAUGGUUAUCUUGGAAUGCCCCAAUCUCGAGGACUUAAAGGAGGUGUGGAAGGUGUAGGCGGAGGAAGCCGUGCCAGUGGAAGCUCAGUUGGUGGCCGAGUAGGUGGUGGAGGAGGUCCCGGUGGGGCCAGGAAAGCUCUUCCACCGCGUCUGACGCAAAACCUGCCUCCUCGGACCACCAAAGUGUCUGAAAAACUUGUACUGAUUCCAGAAAGCCCGCAGCCCGAGUUUGCAUUUGAAGAGGAAGACGAUGAAAAUAUACCCCCCACAGAUGAGGACGAGGCAGCUGCUGCAGAGGGCAUGUCUCGGUCCUCAAGCGCUCAAACGAUGAACAAGCCAAAAAAGUCUGUUGAUUCGUUGGCCAUGCCACAAACCCGUAAAACUUAUGCCGAACGGUUGCCUAAAGACCGCCGUGCUGAAAAGUUCCCACGGGUGACGGCUUAUUGCAUUUCCGAGAGCAUUCGCAUUGUGGCUGCAGUCUCGUUUUUACGGGAAAACCACCAGAUCCGCCCCCGUAUUUAUAACGAAGCGUUGUAUGCACCAUAUUACCUGCCGUUGCUACCUGGAGAUGAUGAAAAUCGGGUGAAGAGCAGUCCUGGAGGGAUCCAGAUUAUGGAACAAAUGAUGAACCGAUCAGAACAGUUGGACCAUCAUUACGAGUACUAUUCAGCAUUGGAAGGUGGAGAAAUACGUAACCCUGAAGAACAAAUGUUAGAGGAUAACGGUGAGGGUCAAAUUCGAGGGAACGGAGAAGAACCCCAUGGGAAUGAAAUGAUGUCUAACGGUAGUAACGGGUCGCGAGACGGCGAUGAGGGUAACCAUGAGUGGUCCACGUCGCCAGAUUUUGAUCCGUCGGAGCCGCAAGAUUUCUCACCGCCGAGCAAUUUCCUUUCUUUGCGCAUGAAGAAGAUGGAAGAAGAGGAAGAUAAACAAGGUUUGAUUGGUGAGGCUGGACCCACUAAUUUGAAUGAAAUUAGAGAUUCCAAGGAUAAGGAUAAGGAAGAAGAAGAAGAAAUUGGACAAAAGGAGACAGCACCAAUACCCAAUGGAGUCAAGUCUUCUCCUGUGGAAAGUAGGCCCAACUCGCGGGGGUCUGGUAAGGGGCUUGACGCUACGGACUUGACAAAACAUGCAGAAGUGUUUAUAUUUUCCUAUGGAGUGGUUGUUUUUUGGAAUUUUACAGAGCACCAGGAGAAGGAAAUUUUGGCAGACUUGACGUUUGCACGGGUACCCGAAUCGGACGGGCUGCCUGGCAAGUCGCUGAUUUUGCGGCCGGUUCCACAGCAAGACAUUGAAACAGAGGAGCUGCACUUUACAUACUCGCCCAACACUGUCAAGCCGCGGAUAUAUAACGACAUGAUCACGCUGAGAUCUGGUGACCACAUGACGAAGUUAUCCAUGUCGCACGCAAUUGCGCAAUCAACCAAGCUGAGUCGGUUCGAGGCGCGCAUGGACGGGAACAUGCACGAUGUACGGCACGUGCCCAAGAUGCUUGCGUUGACGGGGCAGCUCGGGUUGAAACGGGAAGAGGUGCUCAAGAUUUCCGGGAAGUUGUUUAAGCUGCGGGUGGAUGUGAAUCUGAGCUCCAACGUGCUGGACACGCCGGACUUUUUCUGGGAAGACGAGCCAAGUUUAAACCCGUUGUAUUCUGCGGUACGGGAGUAUUUGGAGAUUGAGCCGCGGAUUUUGGUGCUUAACGAGCGGUGCAUGGUAUUUUUGCAGUUGACUGAGAUUUUGACUGAUUCAAUUGCAGAGUAUAACAUGUCGCGGAUUACGUGGAUCAUUAUUAUUCUGAUUGCGCUGUCGCUUGCCGUCUCGACGCUAGAGAUUGCAGUGCGCUUUGUGGUUCUACGCCAAAAUGUUCAUAAGCAUGUAUAG